GGCACUGAAGAAGUACUGGAAGCCUUUCGAGAUCUGAUGUCAUAAACAGGACUACUUUUUCAUCACCUACAUUGGAAUUUUUCAAGAAGUAAGCUAUGACAGUCUCUCAGUUCUUGAGACUGUUUGUUCUCUGGGCAUGCGUGCCUCACUUCUGCUGUCCAGAAUUAACGUUCAGAAGGACUCCUGGGCUUCAGCAAACGACAGCAGAAUCCCAUGCCCAAAGAAGUGAUGGUAAAAUACUUCACCGUCAAAAACGUGGCUGGAUGUGGAACCAAUUUUUCUUAUUGGAAGAAUAUACUGGAUCUGAUUAUCAAUAUGUAGGCAAGCUUCAUUCAGACCAAGAUAAAGGAGAUGGAUCGCUCAAAUACAUUUUGUCUGGAGAUGGAGCUGGUACUCUUUUUAUUAUUGAUGAAAAAACAGGUGAUAUUCAUGCCACAAGAAGAAUUGAUAGAGAAGAAAAGGCCUUUUAUACUCUACGUGCACAAGCUAUUAAUAGAAGAACUCUGAGGCCAGUAGAACCAGAGUCAGAAUUUGUGAUCAAAAUCCAUGAUAUCAAUGACAAUGAGCCUACAUUCCCAGAAGAAAUUUAUACAGCCAGUGUUCCUGAAAUGUCUGUCGUAGGUACUUCUGUGGUGCAAGUCACAGCUACAGAUGCCGAUGACCCUUCCUAUGGAAACAGCGCCAGAGUCAUUUACAGCAUACUUCAAGGGCAGCCUUAUUUCUCUGUGGAGCCGGAAACAGGUAUCAUCAGGACAGCUCUGCCAAACAUGAACAGAGAGAACAAGGAACAGUACCAGGUGGUUAUUCAAGCCAAGGACAUGGGCGGCCAGAUGGGGGGUUUGUCUGGAACCACCACAGUUAACAUCACUCUGACAGAUGUCAAUGACAAUCCACCUCGCUUCCCUCAGAACACCAUCCAUCUUCGAGUUCUUGAGUCCUCUCCAGUUGGCACGGCCGUGGGAAGUGUGAAAGCCACCGAUGCUGACACGGGGAAAAAUGCUGAAGUGGAUUACCGCAUUAUUGAUGGAGAUGGCACAGAUAUGUUUGACAUUAUAACUGAGAAGGACACACAGGAAGGCAUCAUCACUGUGAAAAAGCCUCUUGACUAUGAGAACCGAAGACUAUAUACUCUAAAGGUGGAGGCAGAAAAUACCCAUGUGGAUCCACGUUUUUAUUAUCUAGGGCCAUUCAAAGAUACUACCAUCGUGAAGAUCUCCAUAGAAGAUGUGGACGAGCCUCCUGUUUUCAGUCGAUCCUCCUAUCUGUUUGAGGUUCACGAGGAUAUUGAAGUGGGCACGAUCAUUGGUACUGUCAUGGCAAGAGAUCCAGACUCAACUUCCAGCCCUAUCAGAUUUACAUUGGAUCGCCAUACUGACCUUGACAGGAUCUUUAACAUUCAUUCUGGAAAUGGAUCACUUUAUACUUCAAAGCCACUUGAUCGUGAACUAUCUCAAUGGCACAAUCUUACCGUUAUAGCUGCUGAGAUCAAUAAUCCUAAAGAGACAACUCGUGUAUCUGUUUUUGUGAGGAUUUUAGAUGUUAAUGACAACGCUCCACAAUUUGCUGUGUUUUAUGACACAUUUGUAUGUGAAAAUGCCAGACCAGGCCAGAAGCCAUUGAGAAACUGUCUGAUACAGACCAUAAGUGCAGUUGACAAAGAUGACCCCCUAGGUGGACAGAAGUUUUUCUUCAGUUUGGCUGCUGUAAAUCCGAACUUCACAGUACAAGAUAAUGAAGACAACACUGCCAGAAUUUUAACCAGAAAAAAUGGCUUCAACCGCCAUGAAAUAAGCACCUAUCUGCUGCCGGUGGUGAUAUCUGAUAAUGACUACCCAAUCCAGAGUAGCACUGGCACCCUGACGAUCCGAGUGUGCGCCUGUGACAGCCAAGGCAACAUGCAGUCCUGCAGUGCAGAAGCUCUGCUCCUUCCUGCUGGCCUCAGCACUGGUGCCCUGAUCGCCAUUCUUCUCUGCAUCAUUAUUCUACUGGUUAUAGUAGUCCUCUUUGCAGCCCUCAAAAGGCAACGGAAGAAAGAGCCUCUGAUUCUAUCCAAAGAAGACAUCAGAGACAACAUCGUGAGCUAUAACGACGAAGGUGGUGGAGAGGAGGACACCCAGGCCUUUGAUAUCGGAACCCUGAGGAAUCCUGCAGCUAUCGAGGAGAAAAAGCUCCGGCGAGAUAUAAUUCCUGAAACGUUAUUUAUACCUCGGAGGACUCCUACAGCCCCGGAUAACACGGAUGUCCGGGAUUUCAUUAAUGAGCGACUCAAAGAGCACGACCUGGACCCCACUGCGCCUCCCUACGACUCACUGGCUACCUACGCCUAUGAAGGAAACGACUCCGUUGCCGAAUCUCUGAGCUCUUUAGAAUCAGGUACCACUGAAGGAGACCAAAACUAUGAUUACCUCCGAGAAUGGGGACCUCGGUUUAAUAAACUAGCAGAAAUGUACGGUGGUGGUGAGAGCGACAAAGACGCUUAGCCUGCCUCCUGAGUUCUCUUCAACGAGAUAAAAGUAACUUUGCAGACAUUGUCUCCACUUCACAAUAUUUGAUAUCCAGGAGAAAUUUUUCCUGCCACUCAGCACAAGUUUCCCUCUUAUUUCUUAAUUUGUUCAUUAAUGAUAUUAAUUCUUUCCUGUAGGAUGUCUCAUGGAAUAUAUACGACAUUUUAUUUAAUCACUUCCAAGAGCCAAAGCUAUGGAAAUUCAGUGUUGUCCAUCUUAGUAAAUAAAAGAAACCUGAGCAGGAUAGUUCUCCCUUAAGCAACCUCACGAACAAGCCGCUUCUGUUAGAUACACGUCUUGCCCUUGCAAAUGAAGCUUUGAAAAGACGAAGAAAACAUUUAAGAUGUAUCCUGUUCUAUACAUUAAGUUUAAAAAAAAAUGUACAUGUGGUGUU